AUGGCAUUGGAAACAUGUGGAAGCUGCUUGAGUUGUCUGCUGGUGCCACUUGCGCUCUGGAGCAUCGUUGUUAACAUCCUGCUGUACUUCCCAAACGGGAAAACUGCACACGCUGACAGUUACCAGCUCCCCAACUACGUGUGGUAUUUUGAAGGGAUCUGUUUCUCAGGUGUGAUGAUUCUUCUGCUGGCCGCGGUUCUCAUCGCGCUGGAGUGCAACGUGUUCUACCGGUGCUGCCAGAGCGAGAGCUGCAACAAAACCUACAGGAGUUUUAUUUCAAUUGUGCUAGCCCUACUUGGAGUUGCUUUCUCUGGAUACAGCUGCAUCGUUUUUACCUUGGGGUUGAUCCAAGGCCCCUUCUGCAAUUCCGCAGGUGGAUGGGAUUACAUCUUCAGAGACACCGCUGGAGGGUACCUCACAGAUUACUCUGCGUGGUUUCAGUGCACCGAACCUGCUAACAUAGUGGAGUGGCACAUCAUUUUACUGUCAGUUCUGAUAGCGCUCAGUGGGCUGCAGGUGAUCAUCUGUUCCCUCAAGGUGGCUGCUGAGUUGAAACGGACCCUCUGUGGGACCUACUCUGUUUUUGUCCAGGUAACAAAAUAUCUGAGCCGAGUCGGGGCAGUGAGCAGGGAGUACUACAUCGGCAUUACAGAGGCAGCGUGGAACUACGCGCCGGGCAGCACCGACAUCAUCUCUGGACAGCUCUUUGCAGAAGAAGAGCAGGCUGGAGUCUUUCUCAACAGUGGACCACAGAGGAUAGGAAGCACUUACAAGAAGGCUGUCUACACCCAGUACACCAACCAUUUAUACAAUGUGAGAGUUGACAAACCUUCUUGGCUGGGCCUUUUAGGCCCUAUCAUUAAGGGAGAAGUUGGAGAUUCCAUUAUUAUUCACUUGAAAAACUUUGCUUCCAGAAGCUACACGCUGCAUCCGCAUGGCGUAACAUACACAAAAGAAAAUGAAGGUGCUUUUUAUCCCGACAACACCAAAGAUGUGCAAAAGAAAGACGAUGCAGUGGAGCCUGGAGCCCAGUACACGUACAAAUGGAACGUGACAGAAGACCACGGUCCCGCUGCAGGAGAUGCUGACUGCAUAACCAGGGUCUACCACUCCCAUGUAGAUGCUCCAAGAGAUGUUGCCUCAGGACUCGUUGGGCCUUUAAUAAUUUGCAGGAAAGGUACAAUGAAUAAGAGCAGUGAUAAACACUUUGAUGCUGAAUUUAUCCUUAUGUUUUCUGUGAUGGAUGAAAAUCUCAGUUGGUAUCUAGACGAUAAUAUCCGGACAUACUGUUCUGAGCCUUCCGAAGUUGACAAAGACAAUGAGGACUUCCAGGAAAGCAAUAAAAUGCACUCAAUCAAUGGGUACAUGUAUGGAUACCUUCCAGACCUCACAAUGUGUGUGGAAGAUAAGGUGAAAUGGCAUCUUUUUGGCAUGGGUAAUGAAGCUGAUAUCCAUUCAGCCUACUUCCAUGGACAGACCUUAAUAGAAAGGCAUCAUCGAGUUGACACCAUCAACCUCUUCCCAGCAACGUUUAUUGAUGCUGUCAUGGUCCCAAGGAGUCCCGGGGAAUGGCUGCUCAGCUGCCAAGUGAACGACCAUAUCGAAGGUGGUAUGCAAGCCCUUUUUAAAGUGCAAGAUUGUAGUAAAUCCACACCAGAUCACAGUGAGAGUACAAAGAUAAGAGAGUACUUCAUUGCUGCCGAAGAGAUCAUCUGGAAUUAUGGCCCAUCUGCAAUGAACCAUUUUACAGGACAAGAAUUAAUCGCUGACAG